GGUUGCCAAGCUCCAGUAGCACCGCCGGCCCGGCCGACCUUCGACACGCAACCCUCCAUAUUUGCUUCUGCGACAUUAGUUGCUCUCCCCUCCUUUUGACGCCGCAAACACCGCGCAACGUAUCGCAUUGGCGAGGCCUCUCUAAUACACCGACUCUCCACCAGACGCCAAGAUGUCGAAAGUCAUUCGGAGCGUCAAGAAUGUCACAAAGGGCUACUCUAGUGUCCAGAUUAAAGUGCGCGAAGCGACCAGCAAUGACCCAUGGGGCCCGACAGGGACGCAAAUGAGCGAGAUCGCUCAAAUGACGUUCAACUCGUCGACUGAGUUCUACGAAAUUAUGGAUAUGCUCGACAAGCGGCUCAAUGACAAAGGCAAGAACUGGCGGCACGUGUUGAAGGCGCUGAAGGUGAUGGACUACUGCUUGCACGAGGGGUCGGAGUUGGUCGUGACCUGGGCCAAGCAGAAUAUCUUCAUCAUCAAGACGCUGCGCGAAUUCCAGUACAUUGACGAAGACGGCAGGGACGUUGGUCAAAAUGUUCGCGUUGCGGCCAAAGAGCUAACCUCCUUGAUCCUCGACGAGGAACGGCUAAGAGCCGAGCGAAGCGAUAGGAGGACAUGGAAGGCGCGUGUCAACGGUUUGGAAGAAUACGGCCCUCAGCAAAGCCAAAGUCAAUCGCCGCGGCCUCAGCGGCAGCCCCGCCGACAGUACAGCGAUGAAGAAGAUGCGGAGUACAGAUUGGCGAUUGAAGCCAGCAAGGCCCAAGAGGAGGAAGACAGGAAAAAGCGCGAGAGCCGGGCAGCUGUAGAUGAAGAUGACGAUCUCGCCAAGGCCAUCAAGCUCAGCAAAGAGGAGGAAGAGCGGCGCCGGCGGGAGCUGGAGGAGACUAACGUUGCGUCUCUGUUCGAUGACGAACCAGCGCAGACAAGUCAACCGCAGUUCACUGGGUUCAACCAGGGCUAUCAGCAAGGAAGCGCGGUCGACUUCUUCGCAAACCCGAUCGACCAGAACCAGAUGCAGGUCCAGCCCACGGGUUACAUGAACAGCGCAUACACUGGGUUCCAGCCGCAGGCGACCGGGUACCCGAAUGGUUACACCAACGGAUUUGGACAGCAGCAGACAGCCUUUGACCCGUAUGGUCAGCAGCAGCUGACGCCUCAGCCCUUCCAGCCCCAACCGACCGGAUACAAUCCAUACUUGCAGCAACAGCAAACUGCGCUUCAGACCCAACCCCAGCAACAGCAAUUCCUUCAGCCUCAGGUUCAAGAGCCUGCUUUGCAACCGGGUAGCAACAAUCCAUGGGCCGGCGGCAGCAAUAACGGCCUGCAAUCGCUCAAGCCAACGCCGACCGGUUCGAACAAUCCCUUCGCCCAACGGCCCUCAACAGGAUACAAAGCCCACUCCACUCCGACUCUCAGCAUGCUUCCUGAGCAAAAGACUCUAUCCACCUUCCAGCCCCAACAGCAAUCCUCCUCCUCCCUCUCCCCUUUCAGCAACAUGCAACAGCCGCAGUUCCAAAACCAGCAGCAGCAGCAGCAGCAGUUCCAGCAGUUCCAACAGCAACAACAACAACAACAGCCCCAAAGGGAACUGAGCGAGCAUGAGGCAAAGUUGAACGCGCUUCUCGCGAGCGGCGACGGUAUGGACACAUUCGGAAACACUGGUAACCUGCGCAUUCCCGCGCAACACACCGCCCCAGGCGUGUUCGUGAACAGUGCUGGUGCGGGGCUCGGCAGGAUCACGUCAGAUGCGACGGGGAACAAUCCAUUCCUGAGACAGCAGUUUACGGGGAUGCCGACUGUAUCUUAUGGUCAGCAAUCACAGAUGCCGGCUGCUACGGGUCCAGCAGGCAUGGGCAUGGGCAUGGGCGGUGGUAAUAAUCCGUUUGCUGGGAGGACGGGAGGCCAGCAGCAGCAAGGUGGCGGCCAAGGCGAUUUGAUUCAGUUCUAGACACUGGUGGAAGGGACGGUUGAUGUGUAAACAGUCUUGGUGAGGGACGGAGGGUAUUAGGAGGAGAGGGGUGACUGUCGGGUUGCAUGGGACAGAGGCACCGAGAAACGCAGUGCUCAGCAUACGGGCGCUGGCGAAACUGUUUUC